AUGCAGGGAAGGAUGCAAUCCGUUGAGAGCAUCUUGGCGUGGCUCGAUGGCAUCAGGGUUGGCCCGCCUCUGUAUGGUGGACCGGCGCGAAGACAAAGCACGAGAGCAUUUCAAUCGUGGCUCGCCUCAGAUUCUACUUCAUCCAAAAGUGAUGUUCCUAAUCACUCGAUUAUCGGUGAAGGAAACAUGGGUGCAACUACCGAAGCUUCGUCUCCGCUCUGGGAGCCAACUUCGCCAAGCCGGACUGUCGAUCGAAACGCACUAGAAAAAGGUUGGAAUCCCGCGGCUGGCACAGGUCCGCACCGCUCUGCUGCAGUAAUACGCAACUUACACGCGGAUACUGCAUCUCCAAGCCCGCGUCACUCUCUCGAACUGAACCAAGUGCUCUCCACGCUACACACCGAAGAGGCAGAGCACUCCUGUGGCACAUGGACUGAGUAUCCUACAUUUGCGUCACUCAGCAAGGAGCAUUUUCUUCGAGACUUUCAUACAGGCCGGCGUCUCUUUUGUUCAUCAAUUCUUGUCAACGCGUUGCUCGCCUUGGGUUGCAAGUUUUCCGACCAUCCGGCGACAAGGAGCAACAGCGAGGACUCUUAUUCCGCGGGAGAUCACUAUUUCAGAGUAUCGCAGAGAUUAUUGGACGAGGAGACAGACCACCACUCUCUGACCACAGUUCAGGCUUUGGGCGUAUUGGCGAUUCGGGAGGCGAGCUUUGGCCGAGAUGCAGAAAGCCUCUAUUAUGCUGGACAGAGCAUACGUCUUGCGUUCGAGAUGGGCUUGCAGCACACAAUCGAAGACGGCAACGAUGACGAGCUUGCAGUCCGGUCGGCGACGUUUUGGGGCGCCUUCCCUGUACUCGAUAGUGCCUGGUGUCUGACGACGGGGUCGUUGCCACAAUGCUCGCGAUUCCCACACUUGCCACCCAAGCCUACCAUCAUCGAGGACGUCGAGGCGUCGCUCUGGGUGCCAUAUACCGACGAGGGUGGGUGUACAGUGUCUGUUCACCGUGCUCUUGAACAGCCAUCGAAUGUUCGUUCAGUGUACAAAUGUUUCUGCGAGCUUAGCGAACUUAUCCACGAAUCCUUGUACUUGCUGCACUCGCCUAGUGUUCCAUUCACAGCGAAUCAAGUCCUGGGUAUUUACACGCAAUACUUCGCCUGGUAUGGCAGGAUACCCGAGGUUUUAAGGCUGGGUUACAACUUUACGCCGUGGUGUAAUGCUAACGUCUACCUACUUAGUAGGUACUACCAUUUUGCGAUGUUGCUACUCUUCCGUCCACUGAUUUCUUACCGCAUAAUCGGAUCAGGCGUGGCACCGCAGGAUGUGUGUUCACAGGCAGCAGACGCUAUCCAGGCCUUGCUUGCCUCCUACGCGCAACUUUACACCCUCAAACGGACAGCAUCGUUCGUACCCUACUUUGUAUUGACAGCGACUGUAAUGAAGCUCGAUAUUGGCACUGCCGCUAUGCGCACUGCCACACCAGGCGAAGCAGCCGAAAUCCACAACGAGGUCGUGGAGACGCUGGAGAGAGCGAUUAUCCAUCUUCAAGAAAUGGUGGCGUGCCACAGGUUUGCUGCACAGGCACUCAGCAUCGUCCUAUACCUGGCAAAAGAAGGGAACAUCGCUUUUAAAAGCGACGAUCUGGAGAUCGUGGAUGACCAUGAUCAGCCGCGAGACUUGCACAUGUUCUUUUCCGACGUUCCAGCAAGGGAUUCAAUAUCGCCAUUGGCCAGAAAGUUGGACCAGGCUGGGACGAGCAUGCAGAUUCCGAUGUUUCGGUCUUUGGUGGCCCAGGCUUAUGGCAGGGUUCCCGAAGGCAAGGCUCUAGAUGAAACAGGCUUUCAGGAACUCUAA